UGGAAGACAUCGUGGCAAUAAUGAUUCCUGAGCCCAAAGGGAGGGAGAUAGUAAGCCUGCUGGAGAGAAACAUCACUGUGACCAUGUACAUCACCAUCGGGACCCGGAACUUGCAGAAAUACGUGAGCCGUACCUCGGUUGUCUUUGUAUCCAUCUCCUUCAUCGUCCUCAUGAUCAUUUCCCUUGCCUGGCUGGUCUUCUAUUAUAUCCAGAGGUUUCGAUAUGCAAAUGCCAGGGACAGGAACCAGCGUCGACUGGGAGAUGCUGCAAAGAAAGCAAUCAGCAAGCUUCAGGUCAGGACCAUCAAGAAGGGUGACAAGGAAACGGAGCCGGAUUUUGACAACUGUGCUGUUUGUAUUGAGGGGUACAAGCCCAACGAUAUCGUCCGGAUCUUGCCCUGCCGGUUACAAAUUCAAAUUGCCUAGUUGCUUUCCAGAAAGUGGUACUGAAGGAAUGUUCCAGUCAGUCAAAGGUAAGAAGAAUACUCCAAGUGAUACCCUAGAAUUGUCAGAGUAUAAUGCACAUGUUGGACUUCCCAAGUGGUAAGGAACUCGCCUG